GCCACUUUCCGCAGCGCCUAAUCAUGCGCGCUGCAGGCCGCUGUCUGUCUCCACGCCCCCCCGUACACCAACGCACCGCACCUCCCCCGGACAAAAAAGCCACUUAAAACGGUGCAACUUGUGUUUGCGUUUGCGUUGGCCUUGGCCCUUGUGAUUGUGGACGAAUAAUCAAAACCUCUCCUCCCCUCUUCUGCUGCUGCUACUACUACUGGUCUACUGCCUCUCGCCUCGCCUCCCUCACGUUGGAUCCCGUGGAGUUGAGAUGAUUCGUAGGGAGGCGUAGGUUGUGGUCGUUGUUGCGGUUUGGAGUUGCACCGGCGAGAUCGAGAGAAAGGGGUGGUUCGUGGGAUGGAUUCCGGCAACAGCGGGAGUCUCCAGUCGUCGAGUGGAGGGGACGACGAGUUCGACUCCAGAUGCGGCGGCGGUGGCGUGGACUCGUCGCCGCUCUCCGCGCUGCUGCGGCAGUCGGCGUCGGCGUCGGGGUUCGGUGGUGGCACUGGCUCGUUUUAUGGCUUGCAGGAGCUCGCGUCGCCGCCGCCCCAGCUGCCGCCCUUGUCUCAGGCGGCGGCGCAUCAGUGGACGGCGCCGCUUCCCGGUGGAGGUGGAGCGGGGGGAGCGUCGUCCUCGCCGCCGUCGUCGUCGUCGCCGCACGGCGUGCAGGUCUCUGCCGAGCAGGUGGUGGCGCAGCAGGGACAGGGGGUCGGCGCGCCGCCGGCGAGGGGGUCGAGGAAGCGGACGCGGGCGUCGCGGCGCGCGCCGACGACGGUGCUGACCACCGACACCUCCAACUUCCGCGCCAUGGUGCAGGAGUUCACCGGCAUCCCCUCGCCGCCCUUCGCCGGGCCACCCGCGCGCUCGCGGUUCGACCACCUCUUCCCCGCCCCCUCCUCCCUCCGCUCCGCCGCUACCGCCGCCGGCGGCGGGAACCCGUCCUCGCUCCCGGCCUACCUCCUCCGCCCGUUCGCGCAGAAGCACCACCCUUCCCCGUUCCCGCCUUUCCCCUCGCCCUCCACGUCCUCGCCGUCGCCGUCCAACAUUGCCAUUGCAACCUCCACCGCCGCCGCAACCACGGCGGCGGUGGCGGCACCCGGCGACAGGUACCACCUCGCGUCGGCGCCGUCGUCCUCUCUCCUAGGGAUGCAGGAUCACGGCGGCAGUUACCUCUCCUUCCAGAGCCACCUCGGCGGCGCCCAGCUCGGCGCCAGCGACGACGUCAAGUACACCGCGCACACCAUGUUCGACGCUCCCGGCAGCGACCUAGCCCCGCGGCCGCCGCCGCAGAGGCUGCAGGAUCCGGCGGCCGGCUUCCUCGGCCUCACGCAUGGCAUCAUGGGCGCCGACGGGUCGCACAUGCACCAGCAACAACGAAGCCGCGGCCACGGCCACGGCGGCGACGAGCUGUCCGGCGUGGUCGGGGGCGCGUCCAUGACCCGGAGCGUCGGCGGCGGCGGCAAGAAGACGACCUUCUCGUCCGGCGCCGGCGCGGCGGCCCACGCAGCGCCUCAACUGGAGCACAAUGCGGAGAGCACGUCGGUCACCGUCGCCGCAGCGCCGACACCUUCGUCGGCGGCGGCGACGGCGGCGAUGAGAACGCAAUCCGUGGACUCGUGGAUUUGUACAUCGGAGUAGGUCAAUUCACUCGCUUCAUUAUAUUCCAAGAGCAGAUUGGCUUGUAGUAGUAAAGCUCAUUUAGCUAGUAGCUUAAUUUCAUUUGGUUCUUUAAUAUCUUAUUAAUCUCUACUACUCCUUUGGGUGUUUAAUUCCCCUAUUUGCAUAUGCUCUUUGUGUAGAUCGAUCAAACCAAACAACAAGAUCAUACUAUCAUAGUAUAUCACUGCUUAUUACAGUUAAUUAAUCACAUUCAUGUAGGGGACAGUUUCAUAUUAA